AUGCAGCAAUAUCGACGAGCGGGCAGGCCUAAGUCGAAAAAGGGCUGUAUUACCUGCAAAAUUCGCCACGUGAAAUGCGGAGAAGAAAAGCCCGAAUGCAAACAAUGCACCAGCACCGGCCGCAAAUGCGACGGAUACUCCAACGCAUCGCAAAAAGAACUACGUGCCAACAUCAGCAAAUCAUCCUACGCACCAGUAGUACCUGUUUCAAGUUCCAGGGUAUCAAUCAUUAACUCAGACAAUCGUCUCGUCUUAAUCCCCGGUACUCGCCAAGAGCGCCAAUAUGUCCACUUCUUCUGCGCCGAAGCCACCAGUGCACUGUCGGGAUUUUUCCCUUCGGAUUUCUGGAACCGAUUCCUGCCUCAAAUGAGUCAUCAUAAUUUCUACUAUGCGUCAUGCGGCUGCUGCGGUUGGUGCUGCUUAUGA